GUUUCCUGUCCUGGUGCAUGGUGGUCGGACGAAGGAAUUGUUGGAAAAUUUUCUCGGAGAAAAUGUUGUUAGCACAAAUAAAUCGGGAUUCUCAGGGAAUGACAGAAUUUCCUGGAGGAGGAAUGGAGGCUCAACAUGUUACCCUCUGCCUGACAGAGGCAGUAACCGUGGCAGAUGGUGACAAUUUAGAAAACAUGGAAGGUGUAAGCUUACAAGCAGUAACACUUGCAGAUGGCUCUACUGCUUACAUACAGCACAAUUCUAAAGAUGGAAGACUCAUAGAUGGCCAGGUCAUUCAGUUGGAAGACGGUUCUGCUGCCUAUGUUCAACAUGUGCCCAUACCUAAAAGUAGGGACAGUUUGCGGCUAGAGGAUGGUCAAGCUGUGCAGUUAGAAGAUGGAACCACAGCAUUUAUUCACCAUACCUCCAAAGAUAGUUAUGACCAGAGUGCAUUACAGGCGGUUCAGCUGGAAGAUGGCACGACAGCUUACAUCCACCAUGCAGUACAAGUCCCACAGUCUGAUACCAUCUUGGCAAUUCAGGCUGAUGGAACAGUGGCAGGGCUGCACACUGGGGAUGCCACAAUUGACCCAGACACCAUUAGUGCUUUGGAACAGUAUGCAGCAAAGGUAUCCAUUGAUGGAAGUGAAAGUGUGACAAGCACUGGAGUGAUUGGUGAGACUGAGCAAGAGAAAAAAAUGCAGAUUGUCUUACAAGGACAUGCUACCAGAGUAACUGCUAAAUCUCAACAGAGUGGAGAGAAGGCAUUUCGAUGUAAAUAUGAUGGGUGUGGAAAGUUAUACACAACAGCUCACCAUCUUAAGGUCCAUGAGCGCUCGCACACAGGAGACCGGCCUUAUCAAUGUGAGCAUUCAGGCUGUGGGAAAGCAUUUGCAACAGGUUAUGGAUUAAAAAGUCAUUUCAGAACUCAUACUGGAGAAAAGCCAUACCGGUGUUCAGAAGAUAAUUGUACAAAGUCUUUUAAGACUUCAGGAGAUCUACAGAAGCACAUAAGAACCCACACAGGAGAAAGGCCCUUUAAGUGUCCUAUUGAAGGCUGUGGUCGGUCCUUUACUACAUCAAAUAUCAGAAAAGUGCAUAUUCGGACACAUACAGGAGAAAGACCUUAUUACUGCACAGAACCAGGAUGUGGGAGGGCAUUUGCCAGCGCAACUAACUAUAAAAACCAUGUGAGGAUACACACAGGAGAAAAGCCAUAUGUCUGUACAGUUCCUGGAUGUGACAAAAGGUUUACAGAAUAUUCCAGUUUGUAUAAACACCAUGUCGUUCACACUCACUCUAAACCAUACAACUGUAACCACUGUGGGAAGACAUACAAGCAGAUCUCCACCUUGGCCAUGCACAAACGGACAGCCCACAAUGACACUGAGCCCAUUGAGGAAGAGCAGGAAGCCUUCUUCGAGCCUCCCCCAGAAUGCACUAUAUUGCAGGUCAAUAUAUCUCAAGCUGAUAUGCAGGCCAUUGGCAACACCAUUACCAUGGUAACGCAGGACGGCACACCCAUCACAGUCCCUGCACAUGAUGCAGUCAUCUCCUCAGCAGGAACACACUCUGUUGCUAUGGUCACCGCCGAGGGCACGGAAGGACAGCAGGUUGCGAUUGUGGCUCAAGACCUCGCAGCGUUCCAUACGGCCUCAUCAGAAAUAGGGCACCAACAGCAUAGCCAUCACUUAGUGACCACAGAAACUAGACCUCUGACCUUAGUGGCAACAUCCAAUGGCACCCAGAUUGCAGUUCAGCUUGGAGAGCAGCCGUCUCUGGAAGAAGCCAUCAGGAUAGCAUCUAGGAUCCAACAAGGAGAAACACCUGGGUUGGAUGAUUGACUCAGAAUCACAGACCAAUAAAGCAGGAGGGAGCCUUUCAUCUUCGGCAGCAGCGGAAAUCCCUGAAGCAGGGAGACCAGUUCAUUCCUGAUGCACUGUACACAUUUUUAUGCAAGAGUGGAGAACAUUUUUUUCUUGACACUUUUGUGUAUAUAGCCCCUGGAAUAAAUUCUCAAAGUGAUUCAUUGUGUACCAGGAAGUAUGAAAUUAGGGCACUGCAGUAAAUCUUCAUGCUACUGUUUUAUCAGAUAGCAGACUCUUGGAAUCCACCCACAAGGCUGUGAGGUCUGAACAGAGUCUUAGGAUGGUUUUUUAACUGUGAAAAAUAAAUAAAGGCUGUAUCUAAUGUGUUGAAGGUUCUACAUGUCAAAAAAUCAUCACACCAAAAGCCAUCAUAGACAAUAAAGGAUGUAGCCUUCAGACACCCCUCCAGUCAGUGUCUGGAGUUUUUGUUCCACUGCACACUUGUCCAUUUUUAUUUGAAUUUCAGGCUUUGGAGACUUCUUUAUAGUUUCCCAUCCUGUUGCAUAACAACUCUUCAAGCUAAAAAUACCAAUUACAUUAGUAUUGCAUUGGUUUAUCUACAAAAUUAUAGUUUGAUUAUUUAAAAUUAAAACAUUAAAUCCAGUGUUUGAAGCUGGGUGUGAUUGCUCCUGCCUGUAAUCUCAGCAUUUAGGAGGCCGAGGCAGGAUUAUCACAAAUUUGACUAUAGCUAGCCUGAACUAUAAAGUGAAUUCCAGACCAGCCUGAGCGACAGACUGAGAACCUUUCUCAAAAAAAAAGGAAAUAAAAUCCAGUGUUUGGGUUUGUUAAUGAUUUUAUGUAGCGUUCCAUUUCUUUGUUACUGUUUUUAAUGCUAGUGAACUAUGAAAGCUUCACCACAGGUUGGUGCCUGGGCUUACAGUCCUGUAGUUCAAAAUGGAUUUACUCUGAAAAUUAGGUUAGCAAGUUGGUGUAAAUUAUUUAUUUUUCCUCUUGUGCUUUUGUUUCAAAGAUUAUUUACCCUAAAGUUUAUUACUAAUUUUGAA